CUAGGUACAAUAGAUUCAUUGGUUGUUCAAAACGAUUCGUUUUUGUAUUGCUGGAACAGGUGAAACGUUAUUAAGUGAAAAGUUAGAAAUAAUGGCAGACAAUAAGACAGAUAAAUCGAAAGUAGACCUCGGUUUACUUGAGGAGGAUGAUGAGUUUGAGGAAUUUCCGGCUGAAGAUUGGACGGCAAAAGACGAGGAUAACGAAGAUAUCAGUGUUUGGGAAGACAACUGGGAUGAUGAUGAUGUGGAGGAUGAUUUCAAUCAACAAUUAAGAGCUCAACUGGAGAAACAGAAGGCGCAAGGUGAUCCUUCCUCAAAGGAUAAUUAGUUAGUACUGAAAUAGAAUUAUUCACAUGUAACUAAAUAUUUGUAUCUCUUAAUAUUCAAUACUAUUUAAAUAAUGUAAAAAUAUCCACUUUAAAUAAUUACGUACAUUACAUAUCAGUUGUGCUAUUUAAUAGUAAAUUUGUAUUAAGUUUCUCUUAAUCAUUUAUUAACAAUCAGGUACACAGCUUUCGUCUUUAUGGAAACAUUUUAUGAUUUACUCUUAUACAUAAGAAAUCAUUGAUAUUUUUGUACAUUAAUUACUCAAGUUUGUCAUGAAAUUAUGGCACAAUUUUCUAAACAUACGUCAAUAAAACCAACCAUUGAAUAUUUA